UGCUGCUCGCGCAGACGCUCCCCCAGGCGAGCUAGCAUGAAAUCUCCCUGCCUCUGCCGAGAUCAAAUGGAGCUCUUCGCUCAGGGGGUGCGAGUAUUACCUCCGCCAUGCAAUUUCCACUAUCAAUAAUUUAACUUCUUUGCUGCAGAACAGAAGGAGUACAUACCGGGCACCAAAGACUCCCCCCUACCACUUCUUUUUAACCAAAGGGAACGUGAAAAAAGAAUAGAGUCUGGGAGUUUCGGGGCCGAAGUCUUCCCCAGAGCAGCUGCCUUGAUGUUUACUUUGACAAGUAGUGACUAAUAAGUUCCACCAGGUGAGAAGAGUGAUGACCAUCCUUUUCCUUACUAUGGUUAUUUCAUACUUCAGUUGCAUGAAGGCUGCCCCCAUGAAAGAAGCCAACAUCCGAGGACAAGGCAGCUUGGCCUACCCAGGUAUGCGGACCCAUGGGACUCUGGAGAGCGUGAAUGGGCCCAAGGCGGGUUCAAGAGGCCUGACGUCGUCGUUGGCUGACACUGUUGAACACGUGAUCGAAGAGCUCUUGGACGAGGACCAGAAAGUUCGGCCCAGUGAGGAAAACAAUAAGGACGCGGACAUGUACACGUCCCGGGUGAUGCUGAGCAGUCAAGUGCCUUUGGAGCCUCCUCUCCUCUUCCUGCUCGAGGAAUACAAAAAUUACCUGGAUGCUGCGAACAUGUCCAUGAGGGUCCGGCGCCACUCGGACCCUGCCCGCCGCGGGGAGCUGAGCGUGUGCGACAGCAUCAGCGAGUGGGUGACGGCAGCAGAUAAAAAGACUGCAGUGGACAUGUCAGGCGGGACAGUCACGGUCCUCGAAAAAGUCCCCGUCUCGAAAGGCCAACUGAAGCAGUACUUCUACGAGACCAAGUGCAAUCCCAUGGGUUACACAAAGGAGGGCUGCAGGGGCAUAGACAAGAGGCAUUGGAACUCCCAGUGCCGAACUACCCAGUCGUACGUUCGGGCCCUCACCAUGGAUAGCAAAAAGCGCAUUGGCUGGCGGUUCAUACGGAUAGACACUUCCUGUGUUUUGAUGACAGAUUAAAUGUGUGGUCUGAGUGCAAGAGAUUAGUCAAGAAUGACACCUAAGUGUUUUGCCAAAGCAAUGGAAGGAUGAUGGAAUGACGUCAAGACAAAUCCCAAGCUCGGUCAUGUGGGAGAGAGUGCCCUUCACAAUCUCCUUCUGCUGUGCUCCCACCGUGUUCCUUCUUGGGUUCUGAUCCAUUUUCCAUUCUCUGAACUCAUCAAUGCUCCCUCUUGCCUACAGGCCCCGACACAUGCUGUUCCUUUUUCCUCUAACACUUCUUACUCCCCGCAAUUCCCUGAAAGAGGGGACUCAUCCUCACCAUACGAUUGGUAGUGUUCAAAGAAUAAACGAUUGAAUCAGUACCUUAAUAUUCUGGGUAACUGAGGUUUGUCCCUAGGAUACUAUGAUGCUGGAAAGAAGUUUGGUCAAGGCUGAGAGGGAAGACAGGAGUUGAAGGCUUUCAAGGAUAUGGGUGCCACUGUCUCUGAAGGGUCUGGGUGAAUGGGGGUGGAAUAAAGACUGGAGUGCUUUAUUCAGACCCCCUAUCAGGGUCAAGGUGCUCAUCCCUCAGCUACUGGGAAUACUGGCUGAGUCUCUGACUGGAAAUUGUCUCAGCCACAGGGUACUUUAUCAGCCAAGGUGAUACUCUCUCAUAGGGAGCAGCCUGUGUCCAAUGACAGCUGAUGUGAGGGUACAAUGACUGGCUUCCUUGAUUCCAUUUGGGAUAAUCUGAGGGGCCUUCCUGGCAGCAGAGCUCCCCAUAGGAUGACUGAGGCUUGAGUUGGGACCACCUUGUUGAUCAGCUUUCCCCUCUGCCCCAUCCUACCUUCCUCAUUUCCUUACAAGAGCAUGUCCUAAUAAACCUUCUCCAUGCAACUUCCCAUCUCAUUCUGUUUCCAUUGAACUCGAUCUAGUACAGGAGACAUCUUUCUAAAGGACAGCUCCAUGGUAGACUUUAGCAGGGAGGAUCCCUCUGUGUAUCUUAGGGGCUCAGGGAGCCAUGGCAGGAGGUGAGAUAGCUGUGAGGCCAAGGCCCUAAAAAUUGGAAAGGUUCAUUAGUGAAAUGAUGCAGUACAAUUUCAUAGAAGAUUAUUCUCUCUGGAGGCUAACAGAUGGCUCUGCAGCCAAAUUCGGGACUCUUAAUUCAACAGAGAGAUUCUGCUGAUGUCACCAGUGCUUGAGCUGUGUGUUCUAGUGUGGGCUUUUUAAGGGUUUUGGUUGUCUUUUUUUUUUUUUUUUUUCCUUUCACAAACAGCCAUAGAACCUCGAGAGUUAAUUCAGCCUUGUAGUCACUCCAAGGCCAUCUGUUGUUCAAAUUAAAAUACAUAUUUUUAACUUUAACCUUUCAAUCUCUGAAGUUUUAAACCUUUGCAAUAGAAACAGUCACUUUGCAACAGCUUUUCAGCUUCCUGAUUCAGUGACAUCAAUGAAAGGGUAAUGUCAGUUUUGAGGACGUCAGUAAGGAACGUUGGCAGGGCUGACAUCAGUAGGGGGACAUAGAGAAUUUACCAGGCUAUUUUCUGUUCUUGCAUGACACGGUAACGUGCUCUGCUCUCGUUAGCUGGAGUUCAUCGAAACUCUGAAUAGAUUUCAUGAAGGAUAGUUUAGGAAUUCACAUUUAUUCUGAGAUAUUCAUAAAUAAAGAAGGAUCUAGAAAAAACACUGCAGAAUUUGGCUCCUUUGUUAGUUCUAUUAAUCUGUCGGCAUAUUCUAGGGUAGACGCCAGAAUAAAAUAUAACUGAAAUGUUAAUUUCUUUGUGAAUGAUUUUUGUUCUCAUCUAAAAAGUCAUGCAUGUUUAUUGUAGAAAAUAUGGAAAAUGCAGAAAACUACAAAGAUACUCAUAAUCCUGCUGUCUAGAGAUACAUGCUUUUAAUGUCUUGGUGUAUUACAUUUGUAUUUUAAACGGUUAGUUUAAAUACCUCCUGAAUGCAGAGAUGAGGGGGUCAUUAUGACCUGUGAUGUGUUGUCCUUGAUAUUUGAAGAUGCUAUUGCUAAUCCCUGACUAAAGGGGGCAUAUGUCUUGAAUCUAUUUUAUCUUAUUUCUUCCAAAUACUGUAUCUACCAAAAUUCAUGAUCUUUUUGUGCCAUCCCAUCCACCUUAUCUGUGACACAUGAAUAAAUUUGCUAAAACUAUUUGAAACUACACAAAUUAAAAUGGUAUAUUACCAUUCUCUGUUCAACUGAAUUCAACAACCCUUUUUACUUAUGAUAGGUACUAUGUAUUCUGUGCUGUGCUGGGUGAAGUGUAAGGAUGGGGUGGGAUAGAGAGAUACA